CUUAAGGGACGCGUCCAUUGGCCCGCGUAAGACGCACCGUACGGUAACGGUAGGCAGCGGCUUGUUUUUGCCCCUAGCAUUGUUGAAGUCCAUGGGCGACGGUAACCACUUACCAUCAGGUGGGCCGUAUGCUCGUCUGCCUACAAAGGCAAUAAAAAAUAAAUCAUUGGUCUCUAUAUUAUCAUUUCUUAUAAAAAUUAAGAAUAUAAAUUAAACUAAGACAAUGACAUGACUUAAAGGUCUUAGUUGCCAGGUCAUAAAACCCUUUAAAAAAAGCAAAAUAAAACCCGUUACGCACGAUGCGUCCGGCGCGGGCCAAUGGACGCGUGCCUUUACUGUGAGUUGCGUAGAUAAUUAUAAAUUAUUAUCAGUAGCCCAAGCACGAAAAUUUUACGAAUUCGUAACGUUAAUGUAUCGAGCCCUCGAUACAUUAACGUUACUCCGCAGCACGAACAACAUUUUGCCAACUAUCGUAAGCUCGAUUCGAAUACGUUAGUGACGUCAUCCUAACGUAAGUAGGGACGGUCCUUGUGGAAUGAAAUGAUUAUCAUAUGGAAUUAAUGAUUCGUUCGGAAACUUAACCAAGUUGUCAUUUUAUUUUAAACUUUUGAAUUUACGGUUUAUUUAAUUAAAAAAUAAUUAACUAGUGCAUACAAAGUGAAGUACAUAUGACGAAAGAUAUUUAAGAACAUGCUAUGACAUUAAAAUCGAAGGAAUAAAAUAGUGUCUUGGAUAUCAAAACAAAAAAAUUCGGAUUCCGAACGUAUCCACUUGAUAUCGGCCAAGGCUAAGUUUGUUUAUGUUUGCUUUAGUUCUUGUGAAGAGCGAAAGUGUUUCAUUGUUUUUAUUAAUUUAGUACUUAUUUUUCAAGAUUUACCUAUUUAAAUAUGAGAACUAGCCACUCACAGUAUUUAACAAUGGUGGAAUUUAUGGAAGCAAAUGGAGAUUUAUCAAAACCAUCAGGCGGUCCACGAGGUCGCAAUUUUAUACAGAUGAAGUGGAAAGAGUUAACGGGAUUACUAAAUAGCGAUUCUUCUGGAGAUCCUAAGAGUGAGGACAAAUGGCGUAAGGUGUGGAGUGAUUAUAAGAAUAAUUGCAAGAAAAAGUGUGCUAAAAUUAAUAGAGCUGCUAGUGGCACUGGUGGCGGACCAGCGCUCCAUUUAUUAUUGACUGACCAAGAACAAAGGGUCAUGCAGAUAAUUGGAGUGCAGGCAGCUACUGGCAUGGAGAUAAAAGAAGCUGGGUUUCCACAAGAAGAAAUUUCAACUGAGAGGCCAAAUACUCAAAUUAUUUUAAAGGAACCGGAAAUAGAUUGGAAUACUCCUAGCACAAGCAGCCAACCAACAGUGGCUCCACCACCACCAACUGAGGCUCCCCCUCCAGUUAUUGACGAGGAAGAGGAGUGGAACCCUCCGCCACAGAAAAAAAGAAAGAACAAUUUAACAAAAAUGUUUUUAGAUAUAGACCGAAAGGCAAGGGAGUAUGCUUCAGAGCGUGAUAGGGUAUAUGAGGAAUUAGAAAGAGAUCGGUUGAGAGUUAGAGAAUUUGAGGUACGUGAAAGAGUAAGACAGAGAGAUGAAGAGCUACGGAUGCAGGGUCAAUGGCUCGAAUUUAUGAAAGAGGCAAUGGAAGCUUUUGUGAGGUUUAUGGAGAGAAAGUCUUAAGUUAAGCUUAAUUACUAUAUUUUUUUACCAAUUACUUAAUUAUUUUAUUUUAUUUUAUUUUACCAAUUACUUAAUUAUAAUUACCAAUUACUAUAUUUUUACAAAAUUAAUAAACAAAAGUAAAAUUA